UCUCCGCCCCGCCCCGCCCCGCCCCGCCCCGCCCACUCCCAACCUGCCUUCCUGCCUUCCUGCCUCCGCCCUGCAAUGGUUAACCUGGGCCUAUCUCGAGUGGAUGAUGCGGUGGCUGCCCGACACCCGGGGCUCCAGGAAUAUGCCGCCUGCCAAUCCCAAGCCUUCAUGAAAGGCAUCGUCACAUUCAUCACAGCAGGCACUGGUGCAGCCUUCUUCUUACAGAAGUUCCUCCAGAGAAAGCUGCCCUAUCCCAUGCAGUGGACUGUGCUACUGGCCAUGGUUGCAGGCUCAAUUGGAAGCUAUGCAGUGACCCGGGUGGAAACACAGAAAUGUUCUAAUCUCUGGCUCUUCUUGGAGACUGGACAGCUCCCCCAGAACCAUGCCCCAGAGCAGCCCUCUCCAGAACCAAAACAGAAGAAAAAUCAGUAUGGGGAUGUUCUGGAGUAAGAGUCCUCCAUUAUUUUGUCUACAACAUCAUGACUUUUUCAGCAAUGCACAAGCACCCCAUAUUCCAAUUCUUAUAUAUAUACAUAAAAGGUAUUCUAACAUUCUGUGCAGUCUACUGUCUUCGUGCUCUAUAAGGAUAAUUUAGGGUUGUGACCUAAUCUAAGUUUGCCAAAUAAAAUACCCAAGUCAGUUUGGAAAUCUAUGGUGGUUUAAUCAACAUAUAGGGAAGAAAUCAAGGAGAAGAGAGAGGGAAUGGUAUAGGAUUUCUCCCGCCUGGCCUGUGCCAGGCGAGUUCAAAGUCCUCCACCGUGAGAUCUUUGAAGAUUAGAGGCUUUCUCUAAGAGGAUAGUGUUUGGAAGGUAAAAGAGAAAAAUCAGCCUAAACUCUGAGAGAUCUCAGAGAUGACACCUCACCUGAACUAGGUUACUAGGCUUCCUCCAGUAUGGUAUCAAGGAAAACACCAAUAAACCUGGACAAUAGCAGCCAACAUGCUCAUCAAGCUAUCGCCAGCCACCUCUCCACCAUCCAAGAGGCCCGAGAGAGGAAGUGACGCGAAAUAUAUAGACAGUUUUAUAUCACUUUCCUGCAUCUCACAUGUACCAAUAUCUUAGAUUUGACUUAGGACAGCCCAGGGGUCUGUCAGCUGUUUCUUUUUUGUCAUUUGCUAGCACAUGUCUAUCCUAGGCCAUCCUCCUACAUACUUAAUCCUUAAGUAUGGGUGUAGACAUUUCUGAUUUUGUUAGACUAAGUAGGGUGGAGUAAUGUAAAGUUCACAGCUCCCUAACCAGAAGGACUGGAGAUGAAGGGUGACUAGAACUGGUGUGAACAGUGGGAAAGAUACUUAAAACUGUUUUGAGUAAAAGAUACUAUGUUCCAUCAACACUCUUAGAGGGUUAGUUUGGGGGAGUGAGAAACAGGAAACACAAGGGGUGAUUCCUUCAUUCAUCAACUGCUUCUAAGAUCUCCCAUGUUUGGCCUCUCUGGUAUCAAAAAAAUAGAAUUGAAAAGGGCUCAAAGUAAAGUGGGCUAAUAUACAAAUGAGGGCCUUCUCAUUCUUCCCAGCUUGUUCCCCUAGAGAUUAUAAAUGGGGGAAGUUGAGAAGCAGACCUGGAACAAAAAUUGAGCAUUUUAACAUACACAUUUAAAGAAUGAAUAAGGUCUAAGGACUGUGUUUAGUGUUGAAAGAUAUACAAAAUUUAUUUAAGGCCUAGUCCUUGCCCUCAUACAACUUAGUUUUGAAUACGUUCGUAAAAUAUAUGCACAAGUAACAAAAUAAGAGCAUGGUAAAUACAAAACAAAAAUGCAAACAAAAUGCCGCAGCCUGAGAUAUUAUGCCAUGUAGGGAAAAGAAAAAAGAUGGGGAUAGCACCACACACACACACACACAAAACCUGAUAUAAAGUCAAAAAUACAUUUGUCUUAAGUGAUUCCUGUGCCCUCAACUUGGCUCUGGGGUCAUCAUUCAGAUCCACAUGAGUAAAAUGCCCAGUUAACCUGACGAGAUAAUAAUAAACUUUGACUUUGAAAGGAACCAUAGAAAGGAUCAUUUUACAGAUGAAAAAAACUGAGGUCUAGAGAGGUGAAAAGGUUUGUCUUUAGAUGAACUGGUAAUAAGUAAAGGUGGGAUUUGAAUCUAGGUUCUUUGUUUCCAAAUCCAACGCCCUUUCAACUAUAUCAAAUGAAUAAUUCCCUCUCCUUCCCCAAUAUUGGAGUGUUAUUAGUUUAAUUACCAUAAGAUUCAUUUUACUUGGUCCAAGAAUAAAUGCCCAAGUGACAUCUUAGAGAGUAGGCCACUUUUUGAAAAAACUAGUUGAGUAAUUGUAGGUUUAAGACUAGGGUUCUAUGAGAAUUGAGAAUCCUAGACUGUCACAGAGCUCCACUGAGCUCACAAUUAAUGAGACAAUCUGAUCAGAGACAUUACUUAGCCCAUCGAGCAGAGUAGAGGAAGGUGGGCAGGUAACACCAGAGCUUUGAGAGCUUCCCCCCUGGGGGAAAAGAAAGAAGACUUGAGAGGGACCCGUGAAUGUCACCAUGAGGGUCAAGGAAAUAAAUAGCCUGAAGGAUAGAAUCCAUGAGCUAAAGACCGUCAUCAAGUUCCAAG